UGUCUGCCAUAACAGUUACAAAUACUGGUGGCUCCCGUAUGGAAUCCCAGGAGUACCAGAUAUCUGUAAGAAAUAUAAACUGAAGACUGACAAGAUGGGCUGCGGAACACGCAUCUUAAACCUGAAAGAAUUCGCAUUGAAAGAUUCACGCUAUGAAGGUUUUAUCACGGCUCAGUGUGAAGUGGAAGAACGUGGAACUGGUGUGAUAAUAACAGCAGAAUUGAGCAGAUCUCCUAUCACGACUAAUAUGGUCACGCUUUUGUUUGAGGACACGCCGACGAUCUUUAAGCUUGGAAUGGCAUUUGAGGGAAAGGUAAAAGUGACCGGCCCAAAGUCCAGUCCUUUGAUAAGGAAAGUAGUGUAUUUGACAAUAAGGUAUGCUAAUAAAAAUUCAGUCAAGAAGCUGGUUACCAAUAAUGAAGGGAUCGCUCAUUUUUCCCUCAACACUGAAAAGUGGGGUCCAGAUCCAGUCACUAUAGAGGCCCAAUAUGAAAUGACUAACAGAUCAGUUGUGUAUAUUAAAGAUCAGCUCACACCAUACUACCCCACAGCGUACCUCUGGCUUCAGCCUUUCUACUCCAAAAGUCAGAGUUAUAUUAAAUUGAAGAGCAGCUCGGUGCCUUUCAGCUGCAACAAAAACGCCAUCAUCAGGGCGCGUUACCUGAUACACCAAAAAGUACUCCCAUUGCAGAAGCAAUCCUUAACCUUCUUCUACAUGGUGAUGAAUAAAGGACAUUUGGUUCAGCAAGGAAGUUAUAAACACAGCUUGUACCAAGGAGAAGUGCACAAAGGUGAGCUGGUGGUGACGCUGCAGAAGAUGUUAAAGGUGUCUCCGGUUGCUCAGGUCAUCCUGUACACCAUCCUUUCCAGUGGUGAGGCUGUGGCAGACAGCAUGAACUACCCCAUUCAGCUGUGUUUAGCAAACAAGGUGUCUCUCGAGUUUUCCCCUUCUACGGAGCUUCCUGGUGACCAGGCGUCAUUGAUGCUGAAAGCUGCUCCAGGUUCCCUGUGUUCAGUAAAGGCAAUAGAUAAGAGUCUUCUGCUGCUGCAACCAGAGAAGGAGCUCAGCAUCCAAUCUGUGUUCAACAUGCUGCCUGUACAAACAUUAUCAGGAUAUCAGUACAUGGUCAGUGAAGAUGAUUGGAACCCAUGCUGGGUGAGACCACCCAUCUGGGACAUCAUGAUUCCACGAAAACUAAAAUCGUUUGGUUAUUUUCCAAACUUUGGAAAGGUGGAUGUGUAUAACACCUUCAAAGAUAUUGGACUCAAGAUCCUCACUAAUACAAAAAUAAAGAAACCUACGGAAUGUUUUCCUGAAAUGACUUUGACGACUGCCCCAUUCACAGUAGCUGCAAGCAUGGCGGAACCACUUAUUCCUGCCCGAGAACCCAUUGCAAAUUUUGCUCUCGAUAAAGUUCAAGACUCAAGCAACCAACCAACAGUCGUUACGAUCCGCAAAUAUUUCCCAGAGACGUGGAUCUGGGAUCUCGUUCCAGUCAGUCAAUCUGGAGCGAUGGCUGUUAAUAAAACAGUCCCAGACUCCAUCACUACAUGGCAGGCCGAUGCAUUUUGUACAUCACCUGUGGGGUUUGGAGUCGCCCCGAAAACUGAGCUCAUUGCCUUCCAGCCUUUCUUUGUGAGCCUCACCAUGCCCAGCUCUGUCAUCCGAGGAGAAGUGUUCACACUCAAAGCCACCGUCUUCAACUACCUCAAAAGCUGUAUGAUGGUGAAGGUGACUUUAGCCAGUUCGAAGCAGUUUAAAGUACACCGGUGUAUAGACUGCAGUUAUACAAAAUGUCUGUGUGCUGACGAGAGCUGGACCUUCUCCUGGACCAUCACACCACAUGUUCUGGGUGAGAUAAGCUUCAAUGUGACAGCGGAGGCCGUGCAGUCGUCGACUCUGUGUGGGAAGAAUGCAGUUAUUGUCCCAGAGAAAGGACACAUCGAUACUAUCAUUAAAACACUGCUAGUGCUGGCUGAAGGAACCAAACAGUAUAAAAGCUACAAUGAGCUUCUCUGUCCAGAUGGUGUUGCUGAGAAACUGGUCUCACUGAAACUGCCUGCGGUGCUCGUGGAUGGUUCGGCCAUGGCCUCGGUCUCUGUGCUGGGAGAUCUGAUGGGUCGAGCUCUACAGAACCUGGCUAGUCUCCUGGCGAUGCCGUACGGCUGUGGAGAGCAGAACAUGCUGCUCUUCGCCCCCAACAUCUUCAUCCUGCAGUACCUGGAGAGCACCAACCAACUCACUCCUCAGAUCAAGAGCACAGCUCAGACCUACCUCGUGACCGGAUACCAGGGAGAGCUGACUUACAAACACACUGAUGGAUCUUACAGCGCUUUCGGGAUGAGCGACGCAUCAGGAAACACAUGGCUGACGGCGUUCGUGAUGAAGUCAUUCGGAAAUGCGAAGAGAUACAUCUUCAUAGAUCAGGUGUUUGUGGACCAGGCGAAGUCCUGGCUCGGGCAACAGCAGCAGGCUAACGGAUGCUUUGCCUCAGUGGGGCAACUUAUUCACACCGACAUGAAGGGAGGAGUGAAUGAUGACGUGACCCUCUCGGCGUACAUCACGGCUGCGAUGCUUGAGCUCAGUUAUACGGAUCCUGUGGUGAAUAACGGUCUUACAUGCCUGAGGAACGCGUACGCUCAGGUGACCUCCACCUACACCAAGGCUCUCCUCUUCUACACCUUCACCCUGGCUGGAGAUCAGGGGAUGAGAAACACACUCAUCUCAGACCUGGAUGCAGUGUCCAUAGUCUCAGGUGGUGGACGUCACUGGAGCAGAGUGAGUGAUGGAUCGGUGACGGACUCUUUGGAAGUAGAGAUGACCUCGUAUGUGCUUCUGGCUCUGAUGUCUGGACCCGAGCUGCCCGGGUUUGGUCUGGGUUACAGCUCCAGUAUUGUCCGCUGGCUUUCUCAGCAGCAGAACGCAUUCGGAGGCUUCGCUUCUACACAGGACACUGUCGUGGCUCUUCAGGCUCUGACCAAGUACAGCUACGCCACCUACAGUCCAGCAGGAUCUGUAACUGUUACUGUAACAUCACCAUCAGGGCUGAUUAACACCUUCACCAUCAAUCAGAGUAACAGACUGCUGUAUCAGGAGAGAGAGCUGAAGGAGGUUCCUGGAGAUUAUAACGUUAAAGCACAAGGGAGCGGCUGUGUGUACGUGCAGUUCACUCUGUGCUACAACAUCCCUCCUCCUCCUGAACGCUCUUCAUUCAGCAUCUCAGCCAGAGCAUCUGGGACCUGCAGAGUCCCAACUCCGUCUCUGGACGUGAUCAUUACUGUCAUGUAUAACGGCCAACGAUUGGAGACCAACAUGGUGAUCAUCGAGGCCAAGCUUCUUUCUGGCUUCAGCGUGGACGAGACGUCUGUGAAGCUCGUGAACAGCGAUAAUUCGACUGACGGAUCUGUGAAACGUGUGGAUCAGGCUGAUGGUGAAGUCCUCAUUUACCUUAAUAAACUGACCAGUGGACAGGAGAAGGUCUACACCAUGACGAUCGUGCAGGACGUCGCAGUGGAGAACCUGAAACCAGCCAUCGUGAAAGUGUACGAUUAUUACCAGACCAGUGACUCGGCUGUAACUGACUACACAUCACCUUGUACUUAAUACCUUGUACUACUCUGUGUUAUUUACACUGUUGUCUGUAACUUUAUUCACAUUUUACUUUUAUCUUUAUUAAAACUUUUAAAUCUCACAAAACUUUGGUGAACAAUAAAUAAUAGUAUUUUAUAUCA